GUUUUUUAUUAUCCAACGGUCCCACUGCAAAACCACACGCGGCUUUUCUGCUGUUUUUAUAAAUUUAUUUAUAAAUCCACAAUCCACAUCUGGUCAAAAUGGUCUCCCAGCUGCAGAUCGAGGCCAUCGGCGGCGUCCUGAACAACAAGGACCGCCCUCUGAAAGAGCGAUUCCGGGCCCUGUUCACGCUGAAGAACAUCGGCGGCGGAACGGCCAUCGAGGCGAUCAGCAAAGCCUUCGACGAUGAUUCGGCUCUGCUGAAACACGAACUGGCCUACUGUUUGGGCCAGAUGCAGGACGCCAAGGCACUGGACAUCCUCACCAAGGUGCUGCGCGACACGUCCCAAGAGCCGAUGGUGCGCCACGAGGCGGCGGAGGCCAUGGGAGCCAUCGGCCACCCCGAUGUGCUGCCCAUUCUGGAGGAGUACCAAAGGGACCCGGUGGUGGAGGUGGCCGAGACCUGCGCCAUUGCCCUGGACCGCGUCCGCUGGCUGCAGAGCGGCCAGAAGGUGGACGACAACAACCCGUACGCCUCCGUGGAUCCCUCACCCCCAACGGCGGGCGAGAAGAGCGUCGCCGAGCUGAAGACCAUCUAUCUGGAUGCCCAGCAGAGCCUGUUCGAUCGCUACAGGGCCAUGUUCAGCCUGCGCAACCUGCGCACCGAGGAGAGCGUCCUGGCCAUCGCCGAGGGACUGAAGGACUCCUCCGCCCUCUUCCGCCACGAGGUGGCCUUCGUCCUGGGCCAGCUGCAGGAGCCCUGCAGCAUUCCCUUCCUGCAGGAGAACCUGGAGGACCGCCUCGAGAACGAGAUGGUGCGGCACGAGUGCGCCGAGGCCCUGGGCGCCAUCGCCACGGAGGACUGCAUUCAGAUCCUGAACCGCUAUGCCGAGGACGACAAGCGGGUGGUCAAGGAGAGCUGUGUCAUCGCCUUGGACAUGUGCGAGUACGAAAACAGCCCGGAGUUCCAGUACGCCGAUGGGCUGACCAAACUGGACGGGACCAAGUGAUUUGCGCCGCCCAUUUGCAUCCACCAACUGUAUAUAUUAUUUGUAAACUUGUAUUGUUUUAUCACGUACUGUGAUUACACGGACCUAAUCUUAUCGAGAAAUAACAAGAAAUUGAAACGUGA